AUCUCUUUGUUGUGGUUGCAGCAGCUGCUCUCUUUACGCACCGCCGGAGCCUCGAACCGCUUCAUUACCGCGCGGAAACAGCGCCGGAGCCGCCGUGAUCGUCGCUCGUCCCGGGGAUCGGGACGUCUGCGGCAUCGGACAGACAAAAGCUGCGUUGGACGAAUCUGCCCUAAAAAGACGCGGAGCUUCGGUGCGGAGGAAGGACGGAUGGCGAGGAUGCUGCCGCUGCCUCCUCUGCCUCUACCCCGGACAAACCGACCCGCCUCCGAGGCUUCCUGAACGCGGAAUCGGGCGAGGAGCUCUCCGCACAUUCCUCCAUCUUCACCGCAGACUCCUGCGCUCUCUCGGCUCUCUCCAGUCUUCGGUGCUCCCCUUUCAGCGGGACACAGCGUGAGGCAGCCGGGCUCUUUUCUGGUGCAUCUCCGCCUGCUUCGCGCUAGAUUGAUCUCACGUCUUUUCACGUGAGCCGGGAACCGAGCGACCUGUCUGCCGGCGUCCUGAGGUCGGAUCAUCGUCAUCACCACCACCACCACCACCAUCAUCCUCCUCAUCAUCAUGGUGUCAGGCCCUGGGAGGUGUCCCGGCGGGGUUGUCCGGUACCUGGUGUCCGCCUGUCUGCUGUCCCUGCUGCUCUACCUGCCGGAGGCUCGGGCGUCUUAUUACCCACAGAGCGGAGAGUGCAAAGGCAAAGGGAAGGACUGCACAGAUCUGUCAGAGAAGAAGAGUGACCUGCGGGUCUGUGAUGACUCCACCUGUCGAUUCGGAGGCGUCUGCAGAGACGACGGAGCUCAGCUCAAAUGCGUCUGCCAGUUCCAGUGCCACAAAAACUACAUCCCUGUGUGCGGCUCAAACGGAGACACCUACCAGAACGAGUGCUACAGGCGACAGGCGUCCUGCAAACAGCAGAGACUCAUCUCCCGGGUGUCCGACGGUCCCUGCUCCGCUGAUCUUGGCUCUGGUUCAGGAGACGGAGAUGACGACGAAGGUUCAGGCUCUGACGUUGGGAAGAAGUUCACCAAGUGCAGCACAUGUAAAUAUGGAGCCGAGUGUGAUGAAGACUCAGAGGACGUGUGGUGCAUAUGUAACAUCGACUGCAGCGGUCACAACGAGAACCCAGUGUGUGCCACCGACGGAAACUCCUACAACAACCCCUGUCUGGUCCGAGAGGCGUCGUGCAUGAAGCAGGAGCAGAUCGACGUCAAACACCUGGGCAGGUGCCCCGCUGAUAAAGAGAAGGUGGGGAAGAAAGACGACAGCGGCCCCUUCAAAAUAAACGUCUUAGAAACCACAGGUCUGGACCACGGUGACGGUUUCUACGCCGGGAUGCCGAUCCCCUGCGCCGACAGCUACGCCGGCUUCUGUGUUCACGGGAAAUGUGAGAUCAAGUACAACAUGGCCACCUGCAGAUGUGAUGCGGGCUACAAAGGUCCACAGUGUGACGAGCCUCAGGACUUCAACAUCCUCUACGUGGUUCCCAGUGGACAGAAGCUGCACUACGUCCUCAUCGCCGCCAUCAUCGGCGCCGUGCAAAUUGCCAUCAUCGUCGCUGUGGUGAUGUGCAUCACAAGGAAAUGUCCAAAAAACAACAGAGGUCGCCGGCAAAAACAAAACCUCGGACACUUUUCCUCGGACACUAACUCCAGGAUGGUAUAGCCGUGUUUGCUGGUAGUUCUUUUUGAUAAUUUUUUUCUUACGGCGUGGGAAUGCCUUUUUUUAACGGUAGAUGAGUGGUAUUAUGUUCUUUUUCGCCAGGGAAAUCACAAAAAAGAAGAAUGAGAAUAUUUAUUUAAGGGGCCUUAUUUUCCCUCCUUUUUGUUUUGGAUGGAAUUCUUGCACAUGUAGUUGUGCAAUCAUAAUUUAGUUUUUUUUGUUUGUUUGUUUUUGUUUGUUUGAUUGUUUUUUUGCCGCAAGACCAAGUACAAGGAGCCGAAUCGACAAAACCCGCUGUCACUUUACAUCAUUACUACGUGUGAUGUCUUAAUUAUUUUAACCGCUUCAUUAGAGGUUUCGUCGAAUGCUUUAUAAUUAUGGUACCUUUGGUAAACUGGCUAACAGAGUAACGUCCGCCCCUCUGGAAUGUGCUAUUUAUUGAAAACGAUUAUUUUUACGCCCCUCUCUGUAUCACUUUUGACUAAUAAUGUGCAGCUGAUCACCAAAUGCAGUUAGUUUUUAAUUUUUUUGUUUUUUGUCCAUUUUUGUAGGAAGUGAGAAGGGGCCAGCCAGUGAUAUAGAUAUGUUUACAUUUAUUCUUUGGUAUGAAAUUCUGUGUAAAGACUUCACUGUGUUUAAACAAGCUAAUGAUUUAUUAUUAUCAUUAUUAUUAUUACUAUUAUUUUCUCCAAAGUAGCUUUUACUUUCGUGCUUUUAUGUUAACUUUUAUUUUAAACACUGCUUUCUAAAUUCUAGUUCCUGUAUAUUCGCAUGACUUGUGAAAACUGUGUACUGUGGUGUAGUUUUAACUUUUUAAAAAGAAAAGCCGACGGCUUCGACGCCUCCUCCAUUUCAGAGCUGCCAAGAUCCGAUGGCGGGAUGCGUAAUGUUUGAAGACCACUCUGCUGUCUUUAUCAGGAGGAAAAACAUUUGUCGGCAUCAUUGAUGGUGGGAAACUUCAGAGUAUGUUCUUCUGAAACUGCUUCUGCUUUAAUGAGGAACAGAUUCGUGUUGAUUGUAACGCUUAGAGGCCCGGAUGUUUUUGCAUCUCCAUUUGUAAAUCUGAAUUCAGACGAUUGUAAAGAGAAGGGCGUCGGCUGUUUGGGGGUUUUGCAGGAGUCUGCAAAUUGAGGUCAACUUUUAGUGAGUAAGAGUCUUGGUUGCUGAGAUUGGUGUAAUCAAGGCUUUUCUUUGAAUGUGAGAAAAAUGUUGUCUUUUUUUUUUUUCUUCUGUUGUUUGUUAAAAUUUUGCAUUUGCUCCUCAGUGAGACGUUGUAAGCACAGAGACUCCCUUACAGAAAAACCUAUAAUAAACCUAUGGUCAAUAUUUCAAAGACACUUCACAGUACAAAUAUCACCUAAAGACCCAGUUUCUUUCUGCUAUGAACAUGUGGUCAGAUACAGGUUGUACAGAUAUUAGUGGUGGGCCGCCAACUCACUAUCAGUAAAGUCUCUUAGCGUAAUAAUAUUAACAGGUCUUAGCAUUAAACCGAGAAGACAGACAGAUACUGUACGUAGACAGUCAUAUGGCAGCAGUGACUGCAGACAGAUAAGAAAGUAUACUGCAGAUUUGGUCAAACAACGAUCAUACAACUGUCUCGAUGGGAACUGUACAUCCAAUGAAGGAAAAUGCCUCCUCUGAAUUGUUCCCUUGUGUCCCUUACUUCACCGCAACACAACCGGUUUUUAUAUUCUUUUUUCUCAAGUUCUAAGUUUUAUAUCAAAGUCACAUCGCGUCUUUGCAAAUGGUCAGAAAGUCAGAACUGCAUUGUGUCGUUCUUGGGUGUAUAUUUUCCACUUCGGUCCCACCGCAGCACGGCUGUUUCUGGUCAGAUUUUUUACGAUUUUGAUGAUACAUUUUAUGAUUAAUGUUUUACCAAUCAUUGUAAGGUCAACCCAAACGCAACCUUUCUCCUUGUCGCGUCCAGCGAUGACGCCCUAACGGCUGUAAUCGUAAAUAACCUUGUGUUAAUUUAUUCAAAUGAUUCUUUCCUUUCCUUCCCAUAACUGCAGCCGUAUCCUGUAUUUGUCAUGUUCAGUAUUGGGGACGUCGGAGAAAUCCUUUCUUGCUCAGUACAGUUUGGUGUCUGAAUGCAGAAGCUGACCUCCGUAGCGUUUGAUGCACAUACAGCUGUCACAGUAUUUUCCAGCCGCAUCUGAACCACACUCUCACUUGCCGAUGUCAUGUUGAAUAUUCUCUAAGUGCGAGCUGCCACGAAAAUCCGUUCAUGCCAAAUCUUUAUCAGGCAUCAAAACUGUCACAUUAUAUUCACAGUAACACAGCUGAACCUGCUUGUGGAAAGUGACAUAUGUCUGCUGUUGUUAUUUUAAAGUUAAUUUGUUCCAGUGACGUGAACGCUAAGAAGAGGUUUCAAUGUUCUGUUUCUCUUCAUGUGCUGUGAACACAGUAGCGCAGUAUUUUUCUGAAUCAGGACCUUCUAGGGCAGUUCUCUACGCACUAAUUCUACAGCCAUUUACAUCACUUAGCCGCUUAUAGAAGAGUAACAACUAAAACGGAAACUGCAAGAAGAGAGGAAGAACUUAAAGCGAGUGGAGAACUAACUGUUGAUAAUUAAAUAAUAGAUGGAAAGUUAGGUAGCUAAAAUGUCCCGAACCUAGAGCGGCACCACUCUAGGUUCGGGACGCACCAGCAUCUAAAGUUUGGACCAAGAUCUAUUAUUUUCGAUGGAAUUGCCAGCAUAAGUGGAUUGGGUAGUGGCUGCAGUUCAACUAAAUCCGCAUUGACCUCUUGUGUAGAGGGCAACUGUGGUGAACUUGGUGGACAUCGAGCAGUAGGAAAACCAUCUUGACAGUGCUGACCUUUAAGGUAACGGAGAGCCAAAGAGUCCCAAUGGAAGAAGCUAUUAUAUUAGCUGUGCAGCACCAUGUGUAGAGCCAGUCUGGUGACAAGCCAGCAUGUGCCCAGGUAGCUAGCAUCUUACCAGUAAACUACCGCUAUCCACGGUGGUUGGACUAGCAACUGGCCUCACAAACCGCCACUGCUCACAAGCUUCUGGCAAAGACUGUUUCAGAAAACUACACACGAAUAAGCUUGGCGGAGCCACUUUCUGGUCUGAUCAGACGAUAAAUCGGGUACACCCGGUUGCCGGAGCCAUCAAGAACGAUGCCCCAAAAUCAGCUCAAGCACUACUGGCCCGAAGCUGGCUCGAGUGCUGCUGUAAUUCUCAGCCUGGAACCCCAAAGCAUAGCUACAUCUAGUGGCCAAACUGAAUAUGGGCCAGUCGGUUCCCAUUUGGUUCACUGGUGCCAGACCAUGGCCUACUGUUCCAGUCCUCAUACACAGUUGGCACCACUUAGCCGGCUGCCAUGACACAAGCUUGAUAGUUGUACUGUUGUCAGAAAAAUGGGGAAUUUAUGCUAAGCUAGCAGGAUAACUAAUAUUUAGCUCACUCGUGUAAACAUUAUAGUCUAGGGAUUCGAAGCUGUGGAGAUAAAGCAGUGUAAGGGUCAGGUUGUACUUGAAAAGAAUGAGUUUGUAGAAUGUGUUGCCUGACCACCAGAAAUCAAAAGUAAUUAUUCCCACACUGGGAUUGAUAGAGACGGAGGCGCGAUAGUGGAAAACAUUUUCAGACAUUUCAGACAUUCAUAGUGUUGGACUUGGUUGUUCACAUGAGAAGUGACAAACCGUUGUGUAACUAAUGAUAAAAGAGAGCUGGAGAGAGAGGGUCAGACAUCGUAACCUGGGUACAGCUGGCCAGCGGCAGUGGGAAGUUGGUGCGAAUGUCGAGUCUUUGGUAUCAGGAAGUUACAGUGAUGGUCAGACCUCCCCGAUCCAACAUCGGAAAGGUGUGUGUGUGGGGGGGGGGGGUCCGAAGCUAUCCAACCAUCUGACAAGCACUUCUGACAGAGUAUACUGGCCCCUGAACAUUAGUUCGCUCUCAAAAAAUCCAACAAGAGUAAUAAUAAUGUUAAUCUAAACAAAAUACUUAUCUUACUAGCUAACGAGCAGCAGAGGUAGCAGGAUAUUAAAGUAAUUUUUCUCUCCAGAAUACAGUCUGUUCUGUUUUAAGGUCGUACCUAAUUAUUUACUCGUCGUUUAUAUUCUGUUGUGCAUGGCUGUUAGAGGCAAUGUGUCAUUUACCUGUAGUGGAAGCUCCUGAUUCAGAUUUCAUGAACGCUGCUUUUAACUUGGGCUCCUGUCUCGGUGACUACCUGUGGAGGAGGAACUGAGAAGCUGAGGCUGUGCUGAGGUCCAAAGUGCGAGUUCGAGGGGGGUUAGUCUUCUCUGUGU